CUGCUGCUUGAUUUUCAACCGGAAAGCGGAGAGCGUAAACCUGAAACUUGGAUUUAUUUUUAACGGGGAAGCUGAUUUUGGUGGCAUAGGUGAUGGGGGUGAGGGAGAACAGCCUGGAUUCCCGUCCGGCGAGCGUGGUCUGUCUUUCACUUUAAAAGGUCCGGAUCCUUCUGGUCAUCUGAUUCAGGUCAAGCAGGACUUUGCGUUGCCAACAGCCUGCGGAUCCCACCGGAGCGGCUCCCCGCGUCUGCCGCCGCCCCCCGGGAGGGAGGUGGGAUGCUCUUUCAGUCCCUGGAGGAUUGAGAGGCUGGCCCCUGUCCCCGGCGGUGUCCCGUCCAUGGACCACCUCCCAGCAUGAGCGCCGACGCUGAGCAGCUCCCGGCAGGGGCCCAGGUGGCCAGCGUGCCCCUCUGGACAGUAUCCAGCUGGGCCGCCUCCGAGGUGCCCCCCAACACCAGCGCGGCUGCGGGGGAGGCCGGCCGGCAGCAGGGGCAGGCGGAGUGGGGCGGCAAGGCGGGCGAGAUCGCGGGCAUGGUGGUGAUCCAGUGCAUCUACGCCCUGGUGUGCCUGCUGGGGCUGCUGGGCAACUCCCUGGUGAUCUUCGUCAUCCUGCGCUACGCCAAGAUGAAGACGGCCACCAACAUCUACCUGCUCAACCUGGCCAUCGCCGACGAACUCUUCAUGCUCAGCAUCCCGUUCGUGGCCACGUCGGCCGCCCUGCACCACUGGCCCUUCGGCCGGGCCCUGUGCCGCACCGUGCUGGGCGUCGACGGGCUCAACAUGUUCACCAGCGUCUUCUGCUUGACCGUCCUCAGCCUGGACCGCUACAUCGCGGUGGUGCACCCGCUGCGGGCAGCCACCUACCGCCGUCCUCGGGUGGCCAAGAUGGUCAACGGGGGGGUGUGGCUCCUCUCCUUGCUGGUGGCUUCGCCCAUCCCCAUCUUCGCCGGCACGGCAACCACCCGCGAUGGCCAAGCGGUGGCCUGCAACCUCCUGUGGCCGAGCCCGGCCUGGUCGGCCGCUUUUGUGGUCUACACCACCUUGCUGGGCUUCUUGCUGCCGGUGUUGGCCAUGGGGCUGUGCUACCUGCUGAUCGUGGGCAAGAUGCGGGCGGUGGCACAGCGGGUGGGCUGGCAGCAGCGCCGGCGCUCCGAGGGCAAGUUGACGCGCCUGGUGCUGAUGGUGGUCGCCAUGUUCGUGGUCUGCUGGAUGCCCUUCUACGUGGUGCAGCUGGUCAACCUCCUGCUGCCCGGCCGCCUGGAUGCCACCGUCAACAACGCCUCCCUCAUCCUCAGCUACUCCAACAGCUGCGCCAACCCCAUCCUCUACGGCUUCCUCUCCGAAAAUUUCCGGCACUCCUUCCACGGCGUGCUGCGCCGCUGCCUCGACGCCAGCCUCUGCUGCUGCCACGCCGGGGAGGGGGCUGCCGAGGAGGAGGAGGAGGAAGAGCCCCUCGACUACUGCACCGCUCCCCGGGGGGACGACAAGGGCAAGGGCUGCAUGUGUCCGCCCCUGCCCUGCCAGCAGGAGCCCGUGCACCCUGAGCCCUGCUGCAAGUCCGGACCCCUCCUCACAAAGACCACUGCCUUCUAGGGUGCCCCCGGAUGGGCAUCUCUACCAGGCACGGGCAAAGGGGACCCCGGCCGGAGAGGGGACAGACCACCAUGCCCUGGGCUGCCGGUCCUCGCUUGUGCUGUGCAGUUCAACAAAAUAAAAAGCCAUAAGACUGGCCUGUGAUACAGUUAGUUACAUCGACUGAGUAAUUAUUGCCGUUACCUUUGGCAGCGAGGAGCCUCUGCUGGGAUCAGGGACGGUGAGGAUUUCAAAAUGCAUUAGUGAACAGCGACUAGCCGCAGGGCAGGUGCCCCUCCGGAAUAAUAAAACACGACCUCUCCCAUUCCCUCCCAAGACGUGCUCUGAAAGAUGGAGAAAAGUCCUAAAACCCAUCAGCCCCGCUACGCCUAUAGCGGAGUGAGGGGUUAGGACCGGACUGGACUUCUGCAUCAGCUCUACAAGGCGUUGAGAGCACAGAAUCAACAUGACCCCCCCUUUGGGUUCCUCUUAUGUAAAAACCAAAGGGGGUUCUGAACGACUGAGAUCAGAGCUCGAGACUACGCAAACUGAACCUCGGCAGGUGCCAGGGAGUCCCAGACCUCCCUUCAGCUAAUGGGAAAAGGAAAAAAAACAUAGGUCCCGCCAAUAAACUCCCCACCCCACCCCCCGAAAUUCCCAGGCAGAGGGAUUUUAGCACAGACAGGACCAAAAUCGUAUUUUCCACAAGAAAACCCAGGAGAACCGAAUCCCACUCUCCUUGCCACAGGAAAACAUCACCUCUAAGUGGUACUUGAAACACAUACCCACAGCAACUUCAGCUGAGGAACAGCACUGGGGCUACACCGCCUUGGCCGCACUGAGGUAGCAUUAAAUUAGCCAUUUCCAGCUUAUUUGGUUUUAACUUUGUCCUUUUAAUGUUAUUCUUGUUCUCCAUUAUUUAUGGCUCAUUCCUUCUAUUUUAAUCACACUGGUGAAAUAACCGGCAGGGCAAUCUUUUCAGCCUGAUGCUCCGUUAAGAGCCCACAGCUCCUUGGGGUUUUUUUUGCUCCAGUGGGGUUUGUGACUUCUGGAGCUCUGGCUGCAAGACGGGCCGGUGCUCAGUGGGGAAAAACUGUCCUUUUAGGGAAGGGGAGAAAGAAUAUUUCAUUAGCAGCUUUCUAUAAACCAGACUGUAAAAGCUUUAUUGGUCUACACACAAAAUCACCAUGUGAUUGUGCAUUGCGUAGGGUAUAUUUCCAAUAAAUAAAUAAGUAUUUACAAAUGUG